CAUCACAGAGAUCAGUGCCCUACACACCACAGAGAUCAGUACCCUACACACCACAGAGAUCAGUACCCUACACACCACAGAGAUCAGUACCCUACACAUCACAGAGAUCAGUACCCUACACACCACAGAGAUCAGUACCCUACACACCACAGAGAUCAGUACCCUACACACCACAGAGAUCAGUACCCUACACACCACAGAGAUCAGUACCCUACACACCACAGAGAUCAGUACCCUACACACCACAGUAUAAGCAUUCAAGGACCUGAACCUUUGUUUUAUUUAUUUACACAGCGUCCUACAGCAUAGGUCUACCUGCAACAUACCUCUACAACUUUCAGGUGUCAUCUGUCACUCAUAAUAAUUGAUGUGCAACUGUCUCACCCAGAGGUUUCACCCAAGUAGCCUACCAUUUGUUAAACCAUACCUUUUUUGUUAAACCAACAGGGUCUUACCUUUGAUCAAUAUCGUUUAGUUUACCAAAACGAAACCUGAGGUCACCACCACAAUGACAACAAUUCCCAUUGUUCAUUGCUCUCACGUUCACCUCCCUCUCUACUUUCAUCCCUCCUCAAUGUUCUAUGGGGGCUGUAGUUUUUUCUCCCAUGGAAGUAUCCUCCCAUUUUCCAUAGGUUUCGCGAGGUUUGCAUGGGCGGCAGUGUGCAUUUCUCUGCAGGAAGAAUUGAAUAUUUUUGGGAUGAAAUUCGUGUACAGGUAAUUUUAUAUUUUCGAUAGAGAAUAUAGGCCAUCGGUGUAUAGCUUAUUUAUCGGGGUCAUGGACCCACAUUUACAUUUGUGCCGAACAACAGUAUUGUAGAGUUGGCAUAAAGACAAUGAUUUUUGAUAACAUAUUACGAUCAAACAGUGCCUGUGGCGCGUAUUAUCCAUGUCUCAUCAGCAGUGUAUGCGAUAUGUUAGAUCUUAAAACAUUGACGAUUCAUUUUUGAUACAAUCGUUGCGACGAAUUCAAAUAGGCUGCAAUCAUUUCUGCAUGUUUGUCUGAUACAGUGGAGGCUGACGUAUUUUCUUGAAGUUGAAUAGCACAUCUCUUGAUCUCUCAUAGCCAACUUGCAAUCUAUGAGUUUGUUGUUCAUGAAUAACGAUUGUGUUAGUUCAAAUAGUGACAUAAUGAAUUACUAUCGAUUGACAUUUUGAGUAAAGAUAUAUAACUGCGGCAGUUUUGUUCCUUUAAAAAAUAAGUGCAUUCUGCAUUGAUUGCAGUGACCUCCAUCGAUGCAAUGCAUACAAGGAAAUGACCAGGAAGUUAUUCAGACAUGCUAAGCUAUUGGCUGCUCUCUUUGUCUGUCUCAUCCACUACUUUACAGCUCAGUCUCUUUCCAGACUAGUAUUAUUUUAAAGAAAAUGGCUGUUUCUCUCACAGAAUUUCUGAGCAUCGUUGUCUGUUUGUUCCUUCAGCAGUAUUUGAAUUUUUGGAGGGAUGUCCAAGAAAAGGGGCAGAAAGCGGAGUAGCGGGGAGCUGAGUGAUUCCACAGUGAUGACCCCUGACCCCAACAGUCUCCUGGGAGUAAGAAUACAGCACAAUUGGAGGGAGAAGGGCAACCAGAGCAAAUGGAAAGGCACCGUCUUGGACCGUCUCAGUGUCAACCCCUCACUAUUUAUGGUCAAGUACGAUGGGUUUGACUGUGUCUACGGCAUCGAGCUAUUCAAGGACGAAAGGGUGUCUAAUCUACAGGUCCUGACAGAGAAAGUUGUCAACAACAAGAUCAAGGUUCCUCACGGGGCGGAGGAGUUGGUAGGCAAAGCGGUGGAACACCUAUUUGAGAAGGAGGAUGGAGAGAAGAAUGAGUGGCGAGGCAUGGUCCUCUCCAGGGCUCCCAUCAUGACUAACUGGUAUUACAUCACCUAUGAGAAGGACCCCGUGCUCUACAUGUACCAGUUGUGGGACGACUACGCAGAUGGAGAUCUCAGGAUCUUACCUGAAGCAGAAAAUAAGCACUUGCUUCCGGCUGACCGAAAGCCCGGCGAGGAGACUGAGAGCUUAGUGGGGAAGCAGGUUGAGUAUGUUACUGACAAAGGUGUGAAGCGAACAGGCCUGGUGAUCUAUCAAGUCCCUGCCAAGCCUUCCGUAUACUACAUCAAAUACGACGAUGACUUUCACAUCCAUGUCUACGACCUGGUCAAGACCACCUAGGCCACUUGAUUGCUCACUCCAUUGCUUACUUUUCACGUAUCCUCCUCACUCUCUCUCCAUCUCUCUUAAGGCCCUGGACGGUAUAACAGUUACACUUUAUUAUUCAGGAAGUGCAAUCUUUUAUUCCACAUUUAAAACUAGUUCUAUGGUAUGCACAGCAGAACUGUAGCAAUGCUAUUGUAGGCCACUAGGAGGAGAGUGGGAACAUGUACACUUGGAAGGACCUAUUUAAACCUCCUCACUUCUUCAGUUACCCCAUUUGGUUGUUGUGCUGCACAGUAGAUUCACAUCUCGGACAGUCCAGGAGUGCACCUUGCCCUACAAUGACAGACUUACUGUAAAGUGCAAUAACGACCGCGUUUGAAUUGUCUCCCACAUCCUGAUGCUCAAUUAUCUUUAUUCAAAGCUGAACUGAAUUAUAUAUUAUAAAACGAAUAGUUAAAUCUGGCCCCGAUAGCCAUUCAUAUGUGGUCCUUGAAUGACCAAACAGCAAGCAUGAUGUAUAGGUGAAUAUUUGUAGAGACUAGUUUGAGCUGUAGUGUUCAGUGAAGCCUUUGAAGGAGAAAUGCAAUAAGCUGUGAUGCCCCUGUACGUAUAUUUUUUUUGUUUUUAAAUACUGCCUUUAUUAAUAGGCAACUAUGUUUGAUUUAUGUGUCAGUCAGUUCAUAGACAAUCAUUCCUUGAUGAACCCACAGUGCUAUCAUUGGCUUCAUAGUACUGGGUUGCACUGGCCUAGGAGCACUGAUGAUUCAAUUACUAGUUUGAACAUCAACAAAAUUAUUCAUAAUGCUGAAUCAAGACUUGUUAGAAACAAGGAAUACAGGUCUUCAUAAAGUUCGGGCAAGUUUUUCCUGACCAGACAAACCUGAUUAAUUUGUAGUGAUUGGGAAAAGGCCUUAACAAUACCUGACCAGGUUCAGAAUCCCAACAUCAUCAGACUAUGAUUAGCUCGAGUGGAAUAGAGGCAGUGCUUUACACUACAUUCUGAUCUUGAAUAGAAAACAAACAUAAAGUGCCUUCAGGCUGAUCAUGUCGCCAUACUGUAUAUAUUUGCUAACCGCUCACAAUUUUAUUCCAUUUACUGUUAAGGCCACUAUUUGGUCAGUAUUAGUCAAAGUAAAAAAUGCUUUAAUGAAAAAGUGUCAAAUGCUGCGUACCAGGUUUUUGCUAUUGUCUGUUUGUAUAAGAGGAUAUGUGCAAUGUUUGGCAGUUAAUGCAGUAUAAGACUAUUUCCUCCAAUCGAACAUCCAUGACCGUUGAUUAGUCUCAUUCAAAUGUUGAUAUUGUAGGGUGCACUUUAAAUUACUCACAUAAAUAUGCUAAAGAUUUGGCACAUUGUCUUUUUCUGUCAAGAUACUUUUUUUGUGCAAGAACAAGUGGCAUAUUGCAGCAUCGGUAUAUCAUAAUGGUAAAAACGCAUGGAGAAAAGAAAAGUUAUAACACGCAUACAGUAUUUAAUCUAACUUUUGUGUAGUGUAUUGUAAAUGUAUGCUGUUGUGAAUACUCCUGUUAUAUUGUAAAUAUCCCAUUGAAAUACCAGCUUUAAAGUCCAUCUAGAAUUCUCACCUAGAGAAAUGCUGCAAAGACUGCAUUCAAAAAGCCUGCAGCCUGGCUGGCUUCACUUUUUAAUCUUAUUUUAAAGACUUGGGAGCUACAGUACAUAAUGUAAUCCAAGGAAGUCCAAAACGCAAAUGUUUUGGCUAGAAGUAUUUAAAUUUAGUCUCCUGUCCUUAGUCUCACUCCAGGGCAUACAGUGCAUUCAUUUACACAGUGCAUUGGUCCAUGGUGUACAUAAGGUUCAUUCUAUCGAUUGUCAGAUUUGCAUGUAUCACUUGAAUGCAGCCUAGAGUGCAUUCAAGCAUAUUGGUUAUUUUGACAGUUGCCGAGGUAAAAAAAAUCUUGUGGGAGUCUUUGCAGACCGAUUUUACUAAAAUGUUUAUGUAGAAAAUGUGACUGUAAAAAAAAAACAUUGUCAGUGCUUCUUUGCUACUUGUAUCACCACCAGUUGUGCUGUGGUGUUUCUAUGUACAGUAAAAUGAAACUCCAAAAGAUUGUACACUCUUCUGUUAUCCUCCAUCUUUCAUUCCUCCCAGGUCUGGAACUGUAGCAAUUACCAACCCAUUUGUGUAAUUAUUUUCCUCAUGAGUAAUAAAGUUAGUUUUUUUUGCACA